AUGACCAACAGCAGCUCCAUCACCCAGUUCCUGCUCCUGGCAUUUGCAGACACACGGGAGCUGCAGCUCUUGCACUUCUGGCUCUUCCUGGCCAUCUCCAUGGCUGCCCUCCUGGGAAACGGCCUCAUCAUCACUGCCAUAGCCUGCGACCACCGCCUCCACACCCCCAUGUACUUCUUCCUCCUCAACCUCUCCCUCACAGACAUGGGCUGCAUCUCCACCACUGUUCCCAAAGCCAUGGCCAAUUCCCUGUGGAACACCAGGUCCAUCUUCUACUUGGGAUGUGCUGCACAGGUAUUUUUGUUUGUCUUUUUUAUCUCAGCACAAUUGUAUCUUCUCACUGUCAUGGCCUAUGACCGCUACGUGGCCAUCUGCAAACCCCUGCACUAUGGGACCCUCCUGGGCAGCAGAGCUUGUGUCCACAUGGCAGCAGCUGCCUGGGGCAGUGGGUUUCUCAAUUCUCUGCUGCAUACAGCCAAUACAUUUUCAAUUCCCCUGUGCCACGGCAAUGCAGUGGACCAGUUCUUCUGUGAAAUCUCCCAGAUCCUCAAGCUCUCCUGCUCACACUCCUACCUCAGGGAAGUUGGCCUUCUUGUGGUCAGUGCCUGUUUAGCAUUUGGGUGUUUUGUGUUCAUUGUGCUGUCCUAUGUGCAGAUCUUCAGGGCUGUGCUGAGGAUCCCCUCUGAGCAGGGACAGCACAAAGCCUUUUCCACCUGCCUCCCUCACCUGGCCAUGGUCUCCCUGUUUGUCAGCACUGCCACGUUUGCCUACCUGAAGCCCCCCUCCACCUCCUCUCCAACCCUGGACCUUGUGGUGUCAUUGCUGUACUCAGUGGUGCCUCCAACCCUGAACCCUUUCAUCUACAGCUUGAGGAACCAGGAGCUCAAGGAUGCAGUCAUGAGGGCCCUGGGCCUCGUCAGGCAGCAACCUCAUUACACCAGCCUCCCUUCCCUCUGCCUGCUGGGUCCCCAUUCACUCCCGUGGCACAGCAGAGUCUUUGUUUGUGGGUACCUCAAU